AUUUUUUUUUUCUCAUUGGUUUUAUUGUGGGUAUCUUACAAUUAAUUUUACUUUUUUUUUUUCUUCCUGAUUUUAGGCGAUUGAAAGGUGAAAUCUGUGAAAGAAUAGUUGUUGUUUCUUCUUCAGUGAAUUAAUUAAUUGUAAAAAUGUCAUCAUACAAGAAUGCUAUUCCAAGAAGAGCUCAUAAGGAGCGAGCUCAACCUCAAGCAAGGAAGAAAUUUGGGUUGCUUGAGAAACACAAAGAUUAUGUUGUUCGGGCAACAGCAUUCCACAAAAAAGAACAGGCUUUACAGAAACUCAAGGAAAAAGCAGCAUUUCGAAAUCCAGAUGAGUUCUACUUCAAGAUGGUUAAAACAAAAACUGUUGAUGGAGUGCAUAGAUUGGAGAGCCAAGCAAAUAAAUACACUCAAGAGGAACUCAUGUUAAUGAAGACUCAGGACAUAGGCUAUAUUUUACAGAAAGUUCAGAGUGAGAAAAAGAAAAUUGAGAAGUUAACUGCCAUGCUGCACUCGCUUGAUGAUCAGCCAUCAAAUAGACGUGUCUACUAUGCCGAAGACAGGGAGGAGGCAGAAGAGCUAGCAUCCAAAGCUUCAGAACGUAGUAAUCUGGCUGCUUCUAACAACUUGCCUAGCAGUAUUAAAAGGAAGACAGCUACCUCUUACAGAGAGUUGGAAGCAAGAAAGAGCAGGGUGAGAGAUUUAGAGAAACUAUACAUGGAUAUGGCCAUGCAGAAAGAAUUACAGAAAUCAGGAAGGAAACGCAAACUUCGUGAAGAAGAGCUUGUUAACCCAACAUCCAAACCUGUCUACAAGUGGAGACAAGAACGUAAACGAUGAGAAUUUAAGUUAUGAUACAAGCACGUGGAAAUUUUUUGGAUGGUCAUAUCAAGAAUUCAGGUGAAAGACGGUAGAAUAGCUAUCGAGUUAAGCUUCAUAGGGCAUUGAAGCUCUACUAUAUCUUUUGGGUUGCUUCUGUCAGGGUGAAAUCUUAGAUGGAACAUAAGUCAUUCGCGUCUUGGAAUCAGAAGUGGAUGGCUGUUUUAUCAUGAAUCAUAUUGUUGAAAAUCUUAAACAUUUUCGUAGAAUAUUAAAAUUAUUUGCAAUUCCAGCUUGUGCUUAAGAGGCUCGGGCUGUGUUGUGUACUGAUGAUCGAACGUCAGAAUGAUAUGUAGACUUUGCUUCUAGAAA